AUGCGUACAGCAACUAUUCUAACUGCAGGCGCCAUCUCGGCAGCAUCUGCUGGCCGCAUCAACCGUGCUGAUUUCCGCCGCGAGGACAUCAUCUACAAAGAUGUGGCGAUCAUUGGAGGAGGUGCGUCAGGGGCUCACGCAGCCGUUCGGUUGCGACAGGAUUACAACAAGAGCGUGGUAGUCGUUGAAAGAGAGCCAAUUCUGGGCGGCCAUGUCGAUACCUAUGUCGACAAAACAACCGGCAGAAUCCACGAUUACGGUCUCGCCCUCUAUUUUCCCUACCUAGACUCGUUUGACUUCUUCAGCCGCCCGGAAAUAAACGUCACGCUCUCGCCAUGGUUCCCCGCCGGAGGCAACGAGGUUCGAUACGUCGACUUCACCUCUGGGCAAGAGCUGACCAGCACCUUUCAGCCACCUGAUGAGUCUGCUGGCCCGAUUGCCGUCAAGAAAUUCCACGACCUGAUGACAGCAAAUGGUUGGGACAACAUGACCCAACCGGGUUACUGGGGCUUGCCAGCUGGCAAAGACAUUCCAGCCGACCUUUUGCUCCCAAUCGGCCAGUUUGCCAAGAAGCACGGGAUUGAAGCCAUGCUCUCAACCAUGUAUCCGUCCACCGGUGGCGGCGUGGGGUCCAGGGGCAACUUUGAGGACAUUUUGACCUUGAGCAUCAUCAAGGCUUUCCCGACAGCAUGGUCCAAGGUCUUCUUCGGCGAAGUGGCCAUGUUCAGCAUCGAUGGCGGCAACCAGUUCCUGUACGAUAAGAUCAGUACUCUUCUCGGAAAAGAUGUCUUGUACAAUUCUCAGGUUGUCAAUUCGAGGAGGAGCAAUUCUGGAAUUGAACUGGUCGUUGACUCAGCUCGGCUCGAAGAUGACGAAGAGCAACCCGGCAAGAGUCGGAAGGGGAAAGGAAAUGGAAAGGCGACCAAGAAGCUCAUCAUUGCCAAGAAGCUCCUCCUCGCCAUUCCACCAACCAGAGAAAACCUCGCCCCGUUCGACCUGACCCCGGCAGAGAAAGCCCACUUCUCCAAACCAAAAUACGGUCGAAGCCAUACCGCCAUUGCGAAACACUCCAAGCUCCCCGCUGGCGUUCAGCUCCGCAAUCUUCCUUUGUCAGCGACCGCCAACCCCCUCUCCCCUUUCCUCCAAACCCCCUUUGUCCUGAGUUUCACCAGCCUUGCCACCGACUCACCACUCUUCAGUCUUGGAUCCAGCGGCACAAACUACACCGCGUUCCCUCCAUCUGAAGCGAAAAAGGUCGCACGGAAAGCGAUUCAAACAAUGGUCGACGCCGGGACUUUGCCAGACCUUGAGGGCGAAGAGGUCGAGUUUGUUGCGUGGUCUGAUCAUGGCCCUGGUGGCUUCGGAGUCAGCGCUCAGGAACUGAGAGAGGGGUGGAUGGAGGACAUGUACGCCCUUCAAGGGAAGAGGUCGACUUGGUUCACCGGGAAUGGGAUUGCUGCUGAUUUUACGACCAUGCUGUGGAAGUUUAACGAUCAGAUGCUGGAUAGAAUCGUAGAGGGGCUGUAA